AUGAAGAUUACGGACGUAGAUCUCAACAGCAUCGAGUCCAUGUUCAGUAAAUUCGAUUCCAUCCUGACGUCGGAGCAGAAGGCAAAACUCGACCGUCACAAUAUGAUCUGGAUGACCAAUACGCACCACGUCCAUACCUACAUGAGAGGACUCAUGAUGAAGCUGCAGAAUUCGGCCGAAGUUACUGAGCAACAGUUUCAGGAUGUCGAGUCCAAUCAUCGACAUUUUCGUCACUGUGUUGAGAAUAUGGAGAACGAGGCAAGGGCGGCCGCCGACUCGAAUCACCAUUUCCAGAAACAUCAAGAUGAGCGACAGAAGCGCAUGGAGAAGCUCGAGGUUGAGUUGCAGAAGACUCAAGGACAGGUGCAACACCUUCAGACUGCACUAGAGAAGCGCUCGAGCUCCUCAGCCAAUGACUAG